GGGGCGGCGGCGGAGCAUGGCCAGGGCGGCCGGCCGCGCUCUCGGGGUAGCAUGGCCGUGAGCGCGGCGGCCGCCCCCGCCGCCGAGCCGCUGCCCCGCAGCAUCUUCAAGAAGUUCCUGGUGAUGCUCUGCUCCCUCCUCAUGUCCCUCUACGUCUUCUACUGCCUGGCCGACCGCUGCCAGACGCUGCCCGGACCCAUCAUCGCCGCCGGCGCCGCAUCCGAGGAGGACGAGGGAGGCGGCGGGGAGUUGCUGGGCGGCUCGGCCGAGCUGCCCCCCUGGCAGGCGGCGGCGGCGCGGCGCAAGCGGCUCCUGCAGCGGCUGAAGCAGCGGCGGCGGCGGCAGGAGGCGGCGCCGGGCGCGGAGCUGCCGGCCGGGGGCGGCGGCGGCCGGGCGGGCACGGCGGGCACUGCCGGCACCCUGGCUCUGCUGCUGGGCGAGGGCAGCAAGCGGCUGCCGCAGGCCAUCAUCAUCGGCGUCAAGAAGGGGGGGACGCGGGCGCUGCUGGAGUUCCUGCGGGUGCACCCCGACGUGCGCGCCGUCGGUGCCGAGCCCCACUUCUUCGACCGCAACUACGAGCGGGGACUCGCCUGGUACAGGGACCUGAUGCCCAGGACGCUGGAGGGGCAGAUCACCAUGGAGAAGACGCCCAGCUACUUCGUCACCAAGGAGGCCCCAGCCCGCAUCUCCUCCAUGUCCAAGGGCACCAAGCUGAUCGUGGUGGUGCGGGACCCUGUCACCAGAGCCAUCUCGGACUACACCCAGACGCUCUCCAAGAAGCCCGACAUCCCCACCUUUGAGAGCCUGACCUUCAAAAACAGGACUACGGGCCUGAUCGACACCUCGUGGAGCGCCAUCCAGAUCGGCAUCUACGCCAAGCACCUGGAGAACUGGCUGCUCCACUUCCCCAUCGGGCAGAUCCUCUUCGUCAGCGGGGAGAGGCUGAUCAGCGACCCCGCGGGGGAGCUGGGCAGGGUCCAGGACUUUCUGGGCCUCAAGAGGAUCAUCACAGACAAACACUUCUACUUCAAUAAAACCAAGGGCUUCCCGUGCCUGAAGAAGGCGGAGGGCAGCAGCAAACCCCACUGCCUGGGGAAGACAAAAGGCAGGACCCACCCUGACAUCGACCAGGAGGUGGUGCAGAGGCUGCGGGACUUCUACCGGCCCUUCAACAUGAAGUUCUACCAGAUGACAGGGCAGGACUUCGGCUGGGACUGAGGCUGAAAGAAAUAAUUUAAGAAAAGGAAAAUAUAAUAUAAUAUAUAUAUUUUUUUUACGUAUCAGUAGAGAAGUGGGGGGGAAAUAUGGAAAAAAAAAUAAUAGCUGUGCUGAAACAUGAUUUGUUCUGAUUGGAUUUUCUUUUCUUUUUUUUUUUUUUAAAUGCUGCUUUGUUUCCUUUCUUCUUGCAGAGAAGAGGUGCUGUGAACAUCCAGAAAAGGAGGCUGUGAGCAAACAGCCUGGUCCUACUGACACGAGCAGCUUCCCUCAAUGAGCCCGAGGUUUAGCCUUGCCUCUGUAAAAAAAACACAGGUGCAAAGUUUUUAGCAGUGACACGAGUGCUUGGGGUAGCUCAGAGUCUUCCUGAAAGUUCAGCCAGGUUUUGGCUAGCAAGGGCCAUUUUGGCCAGACCCCACCACUUUUUACAAUAAAACAAAGGUGGCUUAAUACCUAAUUUGACUUUCCAAACGUUCCCUUAGGGGAUUUUUUUUUAUUGCAUGAAACAUUUGGUGAAUUUUGCUUCCACUUACCCAAUUUUUUGUUUUAUUUUUACCCCCCUUAAAUCAAGCUCUUUCAUCAGCCAAGCUUAUUUUUCCUCUUAAGGAAGCCAAAACCAAUAAUCCUUUGUUUUGUUUUGAGAGAAAAUAAUUUUGGUAGCCAAAAGUGAAAGAACACAAAUGAUUCUUUUGACUCUGUAAUGAAAAUUGCCAGGUAGUCUAAAGGCCUCAUUCACAUGAGCUGGCUCUAGACCAGUGCUCCCUAUUGCAUCCCUUUUGCUACUCUGACAGCAAAAUGGUUUUCUAAGGGCUUUUUUUUUUCCUAAGGGGGGCUCAUCUGAAGGGAUUUUGGGGAUGGGAAGGAAGGUCCACACUGAGAUGAUGCUGGUGGCACAUCCUGAAGGUUUUGGGGGGACCCACCAUCCCACCAGGCAUAUGCAAGAAACUUCUUGGUGUCCAGUGCACGUGGUUUAAGCCAUAAUGAUGAAUGUUCUAAGUUGGGCCAGUCUUAAAUAGACUGGAGGAAGGGUUGGUUGGGAAAAAGUGAACAAUAAUCAUGUCCAGAAAGAGGAAUGAGAAGACAAUAGUUCUUUCCUAAAGUAGAGAUGAUGGGGGGAGCUGGAAGAUUGUGAAGGGCUUUAAAAACUGUCAGGCAAAACCUUUACCUCGUUUUUUUUAGCUGGUGGAAAUGUUUCAGUGGCAGAAAUCUGUUAGUGAAGCAGGGUCUUUUAUUACCAUGGGCUCAUUUAUCUGCUGGCUCUUGAUUUUCAGCAUUUCCGAGCUGUGGGAGUGCCCAGUUACACCUCGGUACUGCACAAACCACAUGGCAGUGCUCCUCUCCUGAGCCCAGCUUUGGAGAGUACCUGAGGGGGUAAAACAAACCUGUGGGGAUCCCCCAGGAAUGUGGUUAGGAAGAAAGCUGGGGAUGAAGUUCACUGGCUGCCUGCAUACCAGGAAGGAUAUUAAUAAAAUCCCAGCAGAGCAGAGAUUUCAGAGUCCAAAGAGAAUCGGAUCAGAAGUUACAAUUUCACCUGAGGGGGAAACAUUUCCACCUUGGCAAGUCAGGAGAAGGGUUUGGUGACCCACUCAGCCUCAUGGCACCUCUGCAUGUGCUGAGCUACAGCUUCUCCUGGCUGCCCCAAACCACCUUUCUACUCAGCCCUACACGUCUCCUUGUGUUCCCAAAGAUCCUGGAACCUUCCUAUGCCCUGAAGACACAAACCCACAGGGUUUUGCAUGCCAGGCCCAUUUCCCAAGGGAAAAUUCAGCUUCAUUCAGCUCGAGAGGCCCCAGGAGCUUCUCCCACAGUUGUCACUACAGAAAUGCCUCAGCUGGAUCUGCCUGUGCUGCUCAGAAUGGGCAUGAGGUGUAGCCAAAGGGAUGGCAGGUAAUUAUUGGGACAAAUAUUCUAAGAGCAAAUUUUUUUGGGACAGGAAUGAGGGAUGGACAGCCCCCCCAUGCUGUGCUCUUCAAUUCAAAUGGAAAAACCAAGGUGCUGGUGAGGAUGAGGCAUCAGUCACUCACCCAGCAGGCACAAAAUAUGAGGUCUUCCCAGCUGAAAAGAAGAUUUUAGCAUGCUACUUCUUUGGUAUUUCAAGGAGAAUUAAGGUUGGGAUAAUUUGACAAGUUAUUGUGGUUUAAGCCCAGCUGGGAUCUCAGCCCCACUCACUCACUCCACAGGUGAGAUGGGGGGAGAAUUGGAAGAAUAAAUCUAAGGAAACCUGUGGGUUGAGAUAAAGUCAAUUUAAUAGGUAAAGCAAAAGCUACACACACAAGCAAGGCACAUCAAGUAAUUAAUUUCAGGCUUCCCAUGGGUGCUCAGAUGCUCAUCUCCAGGACAGCAGGGCUCCUCACAUUUGGGAUGGUGACUUGAGAAGACAAACACCAUCACUGCAAAAAUUUCCUGCUUCAUUCUUGCCCACUUUGAUAUGCUGAGCAUGAUGCCAUGUGGUCUGUAAUAUCCAGAGCCACAUUGCUCCCCUCAGGCUCAGCUGUCCUGGCUGUGUCCCCUCCUAGCUCCUUGUGCAUCCCCAGCCUCCUCACUGGAGGAGCAGGAAAAGCCUUGAUGCUUGUGCAAGAACUGCUCAGCCACAGUGAAAACACCCCUGGGUUAUCAGUACUGUUCCCAGCACAAAUCCAAACCACAGUCCUAGAAACAAAAUGAACUCCACCCCAGCCGAAACCAGCAGACAAAUAUAAACAUCACUUAUGAGUGUGAUGUUUUAAAAAAUCAAUAUAGUUAUAUUGCUAUUUUCUCCCAUACAGUCACAUUUGCACUACCAUAAAGCAGCUUUAUAGGGCCACAGACUGGUCUCCCCAUAUUGCACAACCUGCAGCAAUACCAAGCAUUUUUUUACAGCUGAAUAUCUGCACCUGCCACCAAAUCCCUGCCAUGAAAUCAGGAGAGCCCUGAUAUGUGCACAAGCCCAUCAAAUGUGCCUUUAAAAACUCUUCCCAGCACAUCAAGCUCAGCCACUUAGGAAUACUUUCCCCUAAAUGCUUCAGUGCUUUACUCCCUCUCAUUUCCAGGGGUUUGAAUACCUUGUUGCACACCUUGUAAAGCUAUUUAGGGAUCUGGGACUGUGAUUGAUUGGUUUUGAUCUGGCCCAUAAGUAGUUCUGAAAAUCCCUCCACAUAUGAACAAUGGCUUUUAAAAAGAGGUCAGGCAACCAAAUUGCUUUGAACUCUAAUAGCAUUUAAGCCUCUAAACUCUUUAGGCUUAUUUGAAAAUCCAGCCAUGAAGUUUAGAUUAUUUUAACCUAAGAAGAAUUGGAGGUAAACUAUUGAAAACCACAUCCCUUCUGGGCCUACAGCGCUGAGCACAUGUAUUGGAGGGGAAAUCAAGAGUAGCUAUAAAUAAAAAAGUGUUUUUCUUUAAAAAGAAAGAGGCAGAAAAAUCAAAACAUUAACUAUGAGAAAAUAAUUAGGUCAUUAAAAUGCUUCUGGUCUCAAUAAUCAAAUCUGCCAUGAGGCAUUGAUGAAGCUCAGGCUUAUAUGCGAUGCAACGUUUGGAUUUUACAACAAAUCCAAAUUUUGGAUUUAAGAACCCACACCAACCUUUACAAGGCAUCCUGUCAGCAUCAGGUGCCAAAUUGAUCAUAAGGAAAUUUUAUACAAUGAGGGAGGUGAGGCCUGGGCUGCCCAAGGUGGUGGAUUCCCCAUCCCUGGAAGUGUCCAAGGCCAGACUGGACUUGCAGCAACCUGGGAUGGUGGAAGGUGUCCCUGGAAUGAGAUCAGCUUCGUGGUGCCUUCCAAUCCAAACCAUCCAUGGUCCCAUGAUCUUUGAGGAGACACACAGCCACAAAUGGCACCAGAGCUCUUCUGGACCACCAGGAGUGUGGCCUUGGGUGUGCUGAGCACCAGGAUUGCCCCAAAGUCCUCAAAAAUAAUUUUUUCCCCCAUUGCUUUUGACAUGCUUUGGCAGAGGUUCGUAGAGUUCAGAAAGGUCACAGAAGGUGAGAUCUCCCUUUAAUCCAUCAGCAACAGCUUUCAGCCAAACCUGGAAGGUGGGGAAGCUCUUUGCUCUCUGUUUCAACUGAAAAACAGAGAAAUGGGGUUUUCUUUACCAGUGCCGUUUGGCAAGGCAAUACCAGGUCUUUGUGCUGCUGUGAAAUCCAUCACUGCCAUUCCUGGAAGGGCAGGGAUGGGGCUGCUGUGCCCCUGGUAUCCUUGGUGCUGAUUUUGUGCCGUGGGGAAUUUUAUCAGCUGCUGUGGAACUGCUGCCACUCCAUGAUCUGCACAGCUAAAAGGAGUUUAUUCACCAGGGUGCCCUGGAGAUCAGCGUGUGAGACUCCUCUGCCUGGUGUCAGGGUGGCCUUUGGGUGCAGCACUAAGAAUUUUCCAGCAAUAUUUUGGCCUUUCCUACCCUGAAAGGUGAUUCUUGCACUGAUUCCAGGGUGAUUCUUGCACUGAUUCUCAGUUCUCCCACAUACACACUUCACACUUCACAGCAUCAAGUCUCCAGAUGAAGGGGAAAUAUUGCCCAUUUUCCUAACCAUUAAAACAUUCCUUGGUUGUAGACAGCAGUUUCUGGGUUUUCUCUCCUCCCUCCCCUUCACUUGGUGAUACUGUCAUCAUUCUCCCUUUGGUGCUAUUUCAGUAUGAAAAAAAAUAUUUUAAUUUAAUUUAAGAAUGAAAAAGCACACAUUUAAUAAAGUUUACGGGUACUGA